AUGGCGUACGUGCUGCUGUUUGCCAGCUGGAAGUCCAUACAGCAUCUCAUCUUUGGCGAAUUGCGCGAGUUUGAACGCAAGAGAUUGAACGACAGGCUCCUCAAGUACAUUCUGUUCAAGAUCGUAUUCGUGGGCUCCAUCUUGGAGAUCUCCAGCAUGAGCGUGCUCUCUAUCUGGGCGGGCUGGUUUUCUGUCUUGGGCUUCCUCAAGCUCUUCUCUCUACUCUCCCGCGACCGCUUUGAAUACCUGGUCACCUACAAGCCCAGCACGCCGCUGGCAGUGCACGGCCGCAUCUUUGCGUUGCUCGUGAGCAUAUUGCUCAUCGAUGCCCUCUGGUUCGCCGCCAGUGUGAGCAUCUUCGGACCUGCCGGCACUUCCGUCUACAGCUUGGGCGAGACGUGCACGGUGCUCGAGUGGCGCGGGAUACGCCUCAUGCUCGACUGCGGCCUCCACCUCCCGGCCAUGCAGCGGUUCCUGCCUGUGGACGCUGAGCCGCACGGCGUGGGCAAGGCCAAGCACAGCGACGGCAAGCCCAGCAAGCGACCCCGACCAGACACCGAAGAGCCCGGUUCCGGCGAGAUGCCCUUCACACGUAUUGGCGGCAACGUCUUCAUCGAAGCCGGCGCGAUUCGUUUCCGUGUGCCGGAGUGGGGCCUGCUGGACCUGGCGGCCGUGGACGCGAUCCUCAUCUCCAACGCGCAGAACAUGCUCGCCCUCCCCUUCAUCACUGAACACUCGGCCUUUCGCGGCCGCGUCUACGCCACAGAGCCCACCGUACAGAUCGCCAGCAUGAUGAUGCAGGAGCUGGUCAAGUAUGCCGAGAAGGUGCAGUAUCCGGAGGGCGAACUGGCGCCGUGGCAGAACGAGGACCUCAUCGCGUGCGACCACAAGCUCGAUCUAAAGUCCCUCCCCGCCACCGACGCCCCUGCCGCGGACCGAAGUCGGCGUGUGCUGCUGGGAGUCCCGGCGAUCGACGCCAUCAUACAAGCCCUGGCCGAGCGUGGGAUCAGAGACGUUCAUGUGGAGAACAAGCCGCAGAAGCGAGCGAUGGUGCUCACCGUCGACUCGCUGUCGGCGUCGGUGCUGCUGAGCCCCACCAAGACCAAGAUCACCACCACCGACGAGCAGGCGCGCCAACUGCUCCUCGACAUCAUCACCUCGCGCACCCUUUCGCUUUCGUGA